AUGUCAGAAGAAACAAAAGUACGAGUUCAAAUUUAUGGUUCGAGUGUAGCUGGAAACAUUUUCGUAAAGUCAAAUCAAUCAUGGAUUGAACAAGUAUUAAAACAACACAAAAUUGGUUUUAGUUUUGUUGAUGUGGCAGCAGAUGAAGAUGCUUUAAAAUAUAUGAAAAGAAAAAAUAUGGGUGAAAAAGAAUUACCGCAAAUUUUUGUUGAUGGUGAAUAUAAAGGAAUUACUAAAGACUUUCAAGAAGCUGUAGAAUUUAAAGAAGUGUAUAAAUUUUUAGGUUUAGAAAAUAAAUAA